AUGUUUCUACCGCCGACACUCUCUGAUUUCAUUACGAUCGCGUCGUCCUUUCUGUUUAUCGUGUCUUCCUUGAUCCUCCUCUUCCUGAAAACAGAUCGGAGGCGAAGGAAACACUCGAACCCCCCUAGGCGAUCCCCAAGUGAUGACGUUGCCACCGCGCGAUCACCUGAGGCCAAGUUGCGUGUCGCGGUAUACUAUGGAACCCAAACAGGGACAUCAGCGAGAUUGGCUCGUGAACUAGAAGAAGCAACUCUUCACAGAUAUGGCAAACAAGUGCACGUGCGGCUGAUGGACCUCGAGCAAGUGACCACAGAGAGGGCGGAGGUGAUUUUUACUCGAGGGCACGAGCCCCUUGCAAUCUUUCUCCAGUCUACAUACGGGGACGGGGAGCCCACAGAUUCUUCCCUUGAGUUCAUCCAUUGGCUCCGUGAUCAAGCUGACGAUGGCCGCCUUCCGGAACUUCUUAAGGGACUCACAUUCUGUGUUUUUGGACUAGGAAACAGCUCGUACGAGCAAUUUAACGCUGCCGGAAAAUGCGUUGAUCAUUCAUUGAAAUCUCUGGGAGCAGCGCGGCUAAUGAAACUCCAUCUCGGCGAUGAUGACUAUGACCUUGAAGGAGAUUUUCGGCGAUGGAAAGAGGCACUUUGGGCUUCAAUCGAAGAUACAUACGGUAUUCAUGCCAACGAUGGCAUAGACCAAGUGAGCAUCAAUCCAGCGUACUGUGUAUCAACAGUUUCACAUGAAAAUGCUCUAGAGGCAGAGAAGCGAACAAGAGAUGCAAUGUCAAAAUGUCCAAGGGACGGAUUCGCCACUCAACAAUCACCCUUUGCAGCUUCCGUAAUCCUCGCACGCGAGCUUCAUAAUGUAACUUCGACUCGAAGUUGUGUUCACAUUGAAUUCGAUAUUAGCGAUUCAGGUAUAACAUACCAGCCUGGGGAUCAUCUUGGUGUGUUUGCAGAAAACUCUCUGGCGGUGAUUCAGCGGGCAGCUGCGUGUUUGCACCUCCCCCUCGACCACUCAUUCAGUCUAAGUGUCCCGGAGGGAAGCCCCGUGUCUCUUCCACAGCCAUUUUCGAGUCCGUGUACUUUAGCCACUGCUCUUGCCAAAUACACUGACCUCCUCAGUCCACCUCGGAAAGGAGCUUUAGAAGCGCUUGCAUCAGUAUCGACUGAUAAGGUCGAAUGUGAGCGUCUCAAACGUCUUGCAUCAACAGAUGGGAAAAAUGAAUAUGAAGCGUUCAUAGGGUCUCCGAAGCGCAGUUUGCUUGAAGUUCUUGAGUCAUUUCCAUCUGCAGUCCCACCCCUCGGAUUGUUUUUUGGAGCUAUCGGUCCACGCCUAUCACCUCGAUACUAUUCAAUAUCUUCUAGCCCACGAUGCAAAUCCAAUGUUGUAUCAGCAACUGUUGCAGUAGUAUCAACAACAACGCCUACUGGGCGACUUCAUGAAGGGGUUGCAUCAUCAUACCUCGCAAGGUUUGUUUCCCGCGCCAAUAAAACUGAUGUUGUGAACUCAGCGAUGAAGGAAACGCGCGUUCCGUUGUUUGUUCGCUCGAGUACGUUCAAACUCCCUCGAGAUCCGAUCGCGCCAAUCGUCAUGAUUGGCCCGGGAACAGGAUUUGCACCGUUUAGGGGAUUUCUGCAAGAGCGAGAAGCACUUUUAAGAGCAGGAAAUACUCUUGGUCCCGCGUACUUGUUUUUUGGUUGUCGGCACGAGGAUCAAGAUUUUAUCUACAGAGAUGAAAUGGAAGGCGCUCUUCAGAAAAAUGUUAUUUCAGUCCUGCAAGUUGCAUUCAGCCGAUCCAAUUCUUCACACAAAGUGUAUGUUCAAGACAAACUUGCAAGUGUGGCGAAGGAUUUACAUGGUAUCAUGAAGGGCACAAUCGGAGCUAACAAGGGCAGAAUAUAUGUAUGCGGAGAUGCAAAAGGGAUGGCAAGGGAUGUCCACCGCGCACUCCAUGUGAUUUUGAUGAAUUUAGGUGGAUAUGCUGCACACGAAGCAGAAGGUAUCGUGAAACGACUGGCCGAGUCUGGACGAUACCAGAAGGAUGUUUGGUGACAUCCACACCGGCCAUCCUUCCUGUUCAUAUCAUCCCAUCAUCCUUGGCAGUGGCUCGAUUGCAAAGGUAUCGACACGUUGAACAGUUUAAUCAUUAAAUGUGAGCUAGAGACAACUAACUGGAGACUAGAUCAGAAAAAUGAUGAGGCACAAGCUCGAGGUCUACGCAUACAAUUGCAUGGUCUGAUGGAAAUGAUGACGUCGGAAAAGGCAUAUCAGCAAUAAAGUUGCCGUCGCCGGUGUUGUCUCUGAAAACAUAUUUUGCUCGAACUUCUUUUCCUCCGCUAACGUUCCUCAGGUGCGAUGUGGUUGAUUCAAAUAAAAUAUGAUCUUUCGGAUUUUUGUCCGUCAAUUUAGAUGUGUCGUAGUCUGAGAAGCGCACCGCUUUAUUCAGUUGUGGCUGUAAAAAUGUUCGAGCAUUAUACGUUGUGUAGAGGUUUGGGUCCACGACAAGUAGGGCCAGCAUGACAUUUGGUGCAAUAAAUUUAAAAGUAUUUGUCCUCCGAAAUUCAUUUGCGACAGACUCACCAGCGCCCCAACACGUUGCGAUGUUCAUCGCCGCUAAAUGUUUAGCAAAGUCGAUCACACCUUGACGUUUUCCUUCGUUGUGAACCUUAUACGUAUUUGCAUCCAUGCCGAACACGAGCAGCGGUGGACAAGGUGCUGAACCGAUGCCAGCAGCUACUGCUGACUCAUCUGAUGUCAGUAAUGUCAUAUACUUUUUAACCGCUGAAACUACAGGAAUCGUCGCUAGGCCAUCCGUGUCACCAUGGAACGAUGCGAAGAUGAACCGCUGUCCGUGUUGGUGAGCAGGUUUGAUGUUUGAUAAUUUCGAUGUUUUUGAAACUUUUUCCUGGCAGCACA